AUGAAUCAGGAAAAUGGUGGCGGGGACGCGCAGGAGCUGGAAUUGAGAGCUCGAAUUAUGGAAUUGAGAAGGACAGUCCGUGGUCUUGAAAGGCGACAAAGAACUGCACUCCCGAUGGAACUUGAACCGAUCGUGGUGGCGAUGUUCUACGCAGUGGGACUCGAGGAAUUGAAUAGAGAACGCAGAGAACUCGACACUGCCGAGAGAUUCUACCGAGAUACCUAUCCCAACCUGUUGGAACGAUUAAACUUACAAGAAGAAAAUCAUGAGGUCCAGGAGCAUUUCAUUGACGCUGACUUUUUAAAUGCUGUAAUGGAACGUGCUCGUCAAAUGCAACAAUUCGGAGAGCAGCUCCUACGAGAACUUCAUGAAGUAGCAUUCAACCCUGUGGAAGUACCGCCCAAUCCACCUGUACCACCUUUGGAGAACGGUCGAAUCCCUCCGCCAGCAAUCCGCGAUUUUCCAGUGGCUGAAGCACAAGGGAAUCCGGACAUCGCACCUCAACAACGUGGGGCUCAGGAGUUUAUGGAAUGGUUUCUUGAAGAAAUGAAUGCUGCUCCGGAAAAUUUGAUUCAAGUUAUCCGUGUUGAUCCACGUCAAGAGGCUCAAGAAGACCCAGAAAACCGAAAUCCAGAAGAGCCACGUCAAGAGGAAGGUCAUGAAAACCAACCAGAUAUUCAGGAAGAACUACUCAAUCCGAUUGAAGUAGCGCGAGCAGGGAGACAUUUGAAUCAUGCUCAACUCCCUCGGCUCCAUAGACCUCCGCCAGCAAUUCGUCAGUUUCCAGCGGCUGGAGCACAGCGGAAUCCGGACAUCGCACCUCGACGACUUGGGGAUCAGGAAUUCAAAAUGAAUCAGCAAAGGGACGCGCAGGAGCUGGAAUUGAGAGCUCAAAUUAUUGAAUUGAGAAGGAGAAUCCCUGAGCUGGAAAUGCAACAAAACGCUGCUGUCCCAAGGGGAUUUGAACCGAUUGCAGCGGUGUUCUACGAAGUGGGGUUCCAGGAGUUGCAAAGACAACGCACAGAACUCGAUAAUGCUGAGAGACUCUACCGAGCUACCUAUCCCAAUCUGUUGGAACGAAUAGACAUACAAGAAAACAAUCAUGAAGUCCAGGAGCGUUUAAACGACAUUGAACGUGGAAUUGAUGUAAAUGAACGUGCUCCUCCUCGCUUGCAACAACUCGGAGAGUUCCCACCAGAUGUCCGGAUAGUACCACCCAAUCCGCCUGUAGUGGAACCUCGGAUCGUCGGAGAAAGCCGUCGGAGAAGAUGGGAAGAAAUUCAAAUUCAAUACCCAGAAAAUGGACCUUUGGAGCGUGAUGGAAUCCCUCUAAUCCCUCAGCUCCAUCUGCCUCGGCCUCCGCCAGCCGUUCGUCAGUUUCCAGUGGCCGAAGCACAAAGGAAUCCGGACAUCGCACUUCCACAAUUUGGGACACAUCAGGAUUUUCUUGAACAAAUUCUUGCAAGGCAAAGACGAGUAGAAGCUGCUGCACAUCGAGAAAAUCAAGAUCCAGAAAAUUUUAUUCAAGUUAUCCGUGCUGAAAAUCGACAAAAUCAAGAUGAACCACGUCAAGAGGAUCAAGAAGGUUCAGAAAACCGGAACCCAGAAGAGCAACGUCAAGAGGAAGGUCCAGAAAACCAAGAAGACCCUGAAAAUCAACCACAAAACUAA